CUCACCAUAACGUUGCGUACACUUGCGCUUACGCAGUCGUCAGAGAGUGUCAGAGUGUCAGACCGGUCGAGACAUCGGUCGCCGCAGAUUGAUACCGAUUCUACGUCGUUGACGAAAUCACGGCGAGGCAUCGAGUAAACGGUCCGUCCGCAGGCUAGCAUCAUGAGUUUACGCUGGAAGAUAUUUCGAGGAGUAAGGCAAAGAUCGCAGAUACCGUCGUUGCAGGUGAUCGUGAGAAAUUACAACACCUGCCGGCAGUCAUGUCCCACGGAGAAGAGGUACGACGGUUCCUCCGGGGACACGCGCGAUCCCGCUUGGUUGUACGCAACCUGCGUCGCCGUUGCCACCUCGGUCCUAGGUAUAUCUUACUACACUUUGAAAUACAAAAGAAACGUUUGUUACGCUCUCAGCGCGACGCAAAAUGUACAAUGUGGUCAAUUGCGAAAGGACAUGAAGACCUACACCCUGGAGGAAGUGGGGAGGCACGAUAGCAAAGAGAACGGUAUUUGGAUUACCUUCGGACGAGGGGUGUAUGACAUAACAGAUUUUGUCGAUAAGCAUCCAGGUGGCCCCUCGAAGAUCGUGAUGGCCGCGGGUGGCUCGAUCGAGCCGUUCUGGACCAUAUUCGCGAAUCACAAUACGCCGGAGAUACACUCCCUGCUGGAGUCCAUGAGGAUCGGAAAUAUAUCGGAGGAGGACGCGAAAUCCAACGAGGGCGAUCUGUACGAUCCGUAUGCGAACGAGCCCCCUAGGCACAAGGCUCUGGCAAUCAACGGCAGUAAACCCUUCUGCGCGGAGCCGCCACCUUCGCUGCUAGUCGAGAGCUUUCUCACACCGGUAGACUUUUUCUACGUGCGAAAUCACCUGCCCGUACCUCAGAUAGACCUGAAGGAUUACACCCUGGAAUUGGCGGUAGAAGGGACAAUCAAAAAGACGCUCGACUUCAAAGCGAUAACAAAGUAUGAGAAGACGACGAUAACGGCGGCUGUAAUGUGCGGUGGAAACAGGCGUUCGGAAAUGUCAAAGGUGAAGAAACUGAAAGGUAUUAACUGGAACGUGGGCGCUGUUGGAAAUGCAACGUGGACAGGUGUACGAUUGUGCGACGUAUUAAAAGAUUUAGGAAUCAAUGAAAAUGAAUUCAAUCACGUUCAGUUUGAGGGAUACGAUUUAGAUCCAGCUGGUAGCCCGUAUGGUGCGAGUAUUCCUAUCUCUAAAGCCAUGGACCCAAGAGGGGACGUCAUUUUAGCUUAUGAAAUGAACGGCGUGUCGUUGAGCAGAGAUCACGGAUUCCCGAUUAGAGUAAUCGUGCCUGGUGUCGUGGGUGCGAGAAACGUGAAAUGGCUGAGUAAGAUUAGCGUGUCAAAGGAGGAGAGUCAGUCGCAGUGGCAGCAGGGCGAUUACAAAGGGUUUUCUCCGAGCGUUGAUUGGGAUAAUGUGGACUUCAGUAAAUCGCCCGCGAUACAAGAAAUGCCCGUAACAUCGGCGAUAUGCGAUCCGCAAAAUUCAGACGUAGUCAAAAUCAAGAAUGGAAAAAUUCAAGUGAAAGGUUACGCAUGGUCGGGCGGUGGUCGAAAAAUAAUUCGUAUUGACGUCACGAAUGACAAAGGUAAGACUUGGCAUACAGCAGAUUUGACGGAAGAUCUUCAGGCAAAGCAGGGUCGCUACUGGAGCUGGACAUUGUGGAACGUGGAGCUUCCCGUGGACAAGAAUUCCAAAGAGGUUGAAAUCUGGGCGAAAGCAGUUGACUCGUCGUAUAACGUGCAACCAGAAAGUUUUAAUAACAUCUAUAAUCUCAGAGGAUUGCUGUGCAACGCGUAUCACAAAAUUAAAGUUCAAUUAAAGCAAUGAACGAAUUUACUUUGCGUUGAUUAUCGACACGUCAUUCAUUUUGAAUUUUGUAAAUCAAGAAUUUUGUACUGUACAAAAAAAAUUUGUUGCUAUUCGCAAACAUAUUGCAUCGCGUGUAUUUAGAGAAAAUUAAUGCUUGUUACCUUCCAAAUAUUUUAUUCUUUAAAUGUUUUUUUUCUCUAAAUAACGAUAAGUAUAAUUCUAGAUAGAAAUCGUUAUACAUAUAUUAUAUACACGUAUAUUAUAAUGAAUCGAUGUUAUAAUUUGUUACAAUUUGUUACUAUAAUUUUGUACGAAAAAUCUAUGCAAUAAUAAUCGUGAAGUCGUGAAGCUUGUGAAAGAACUAAAA